CUCUCUCUUUGUUGGAAAUGGCUGUCGAAUUCAUCGGGAACGAUGAUGAGGCACAGCCUUUGCUGGCUUUGGUUGUCUGAUUGUGGCGCAGUGGAAUACUUUCGAUGGGUUGACAUCCCCGGGGAGGGGGAGAUGGACAGGGACAUGGAGGGGAAGGGUCUUUGGCCUGUAUAGGGUGGUGAGGGGUGACAUCUACCUGGGCGCUGUCUCCCUCCUGGGCUUCAUCUUGAUGCCGUUUUGGUAUUGUGCCUCUGCGUUCUUCCUGCUUCCAUAGCGCCGAGUCACCUGCAUUAUUGGACGAGAGAGGAGGUUUUCAAAAUGCUUUUUAAAUUGAGGUGGUGAAAUGGACGUGAAGGGAGGUGUUUAAAAUUUGCUUAAAUGAUCAAACGAAACGUUACUUAUUGAAAACAGUUUAUACCACUGCAGUGAUCCAUCAUGGGGGAACUAUUCAGGAGUGAGGAGAUGACACUUGCACAGCUUUUCUUGCAGUCAGAAGCUGCAUACUGUUGUGUCAGUGAACUAGGAGAGCUUGGGAUGGUCCAAUUUCGAGAUCUAAAUCCAGAUGUGAAUGUAUUUCAGCGCAAAUUUGUAAAUGAGGUUCGGCGUUGUGAAGAAAUGGAUCGUAAGCUACGAUUUGUUGAAAAGGAAAUCAGAAAAGCAAAUCUUGUCAUUUUGGACACUGGAGAAAAUCCUGAAGUUCCUUUUCCUCGAGACAUGAUUGACUUGGAGGCAACUUUUGAGAAACUUGAAAAUGAACUGAAAGAAAUCAAUACUAACCAGGAGGCAUUAAAACGCAACUUCUUAGAGCUGACUGAACUGAAAUAUAUUCUACGCAGAACUCAGCAGUUCUUUGAUGAGGCUGAAUUGCAUCAUCAGCAGAUGUCUGAUCCGGACCUACUGGAGGAAUCGUCUUCCCUGCUGGAUCCAAGUGAGCUUGGACGCGGUGCGCCCUUGAGACUUGGCUUUGUAGCUGGAGUGAUAAACCGAGAGAGGAUUCCUACGUUUGAACGAAUGUUGUGGCGAGUAUGCAGAGGAAAUGUCUUUCUACGCCAAGCUGAAAUUGAAAAUCCCUUGGAGGACCCUGUAGCUGGAGGUCAGGUAGACAAAUCCGUCUUCAUUAUUUUCUUUCAAGGUGACCAGUUGAAAAAUCGAGUGAAGAAAAUUUGUGAAGGGUUUCGAGCCUCCCUCUAUCCCUGCCCAGAAACUCCUAAUGAAAGAAAGGAAAUGUUAGCUGGUGUCAACACACGAAUUGAUGAUCUUCAAAUGGUCUUAAAUCAGACUGAGGAUCAUCGUCAGAGGGUUCUGCAGGCAGCUGCAAAGACCAUUCGUGUAUGGUUUAUUAAAGUACGAAAAAUGAAGGCCAUCUAUCAUACCCUUAACCUCUGUAAUAUUGAUGUAACUCAAAAAUGUCUAAUUGCGGAAGUCUGGUGUCCAGUUACUGACUUGGAUUCAAUUCAGUUUGCCCUCCGCAGGGGUACGGAACGCAGUGGAUCAACAGUUCCAUCCAUCUUGAACAGGAUGCAAACCAGCCAGACUCCUCCAACUUAUAACAAGACCAACAAAUUUACUUACGGCUUUCAAAACAUUGUGGAUGCAUAUGGAAUUGGUACCUACAGGGAAAUUAAUCCUGCUCCAUAUACAAUUAUUACCUUCCCUUUUCUCUUCGCUGUUAUGUUUGGGGAUUUUGGCCAUGGAGUCUUAAUGACUGCUUUCGCCAUGUGGAUGGUGUUAAGAGAGAGCCGCAUAUUGUCUCAGAAAAGUGAAAAUGAGAUUUUCAGCACUGUCUUCAGUGGUCGCUACAUUAUUUUACUCAUGGGGAUUUUCUCUGUGUAUACUGGCCUAAUAUACAAUGACUGCUUCGCAAAGACUCUCAACAUGUUUGGAUCAUCAUGGAGUGUUAGACCGAUGUUUCAGCCAACAGGAAACUGGACGGAGAAAACCCUUCAAGGUAAUCAACAUCUUCAGCUGGACCCUGCUCAGCCUAAUGUCUUUAAUGGGCCAUAUCCAUUUGGAAUAGAUCCUAUAUGGAAUAUUGCUACAAAUAAACUAACGUUUCUUAACUCGUUUAAAAUGAAGAUGUCUGUGAUAUUGGGUGUUGUCCAUAUGGUCUUUGGCGUUUCUCUCAGCCUCCUGAAUCACAUAUAUUUUAAAAAGCCGCUGAACAUCUAUUUUAGCUUUAUCCCCGAAAUAAUUUUUAUGUUGUGUUUGUUUGGCUACCUUGUCAUCCUCAUCUUCUAUAAGUGGACUGCUUAUGAUGCUAGCACUUCAAAAGAUGCUCCCAGUCUUCUCAUCCACUUCAUCAAUAUGUUCCUAUUCAGUUACAAUGAUAAAACCAUGAAAUAUCUGUAUAAAGGACAGCGAGGUCUCCAGUCCUUCUUGGUGGUGGUAGCUCUGCUGUGUGUUCCAUGCAUGCUUGUGGUAAAACCACUCAUACUGCGCCAUCAACAUUUGAGGAGAAAACAUUUGGGGACACACAACUUUGGAGGAAUAAGAGUUGGGAAUGGACCAACUGAAGAGGAUGCUGAGAUAAUCCAACAUGAUCAGCUUGAUACCCAUUCAGAAGAUGGAGAGGAACCCACUGUGGAAGAAUUGUUUAACUUUGGUGACGUUGCCGUACACCAGGCGAUCCAUACCAUUGAGUACUGCUUGGGAUGUGUUUCUAACACUGCCUCCUACUUGCGGUUGUGGGCACUGAGUCUGGCUCAUGCACAGCUCUCUGAAGUGUUGUGGACAAUGGUUAUGCACAUUGGACUGUCAAUAAACAACUUUGGUGGAUCUUUUCUCCUUUUCUUCAUAUUUUCUGCUUUUGCUGUGCUGACAGUGGCAAUUCUUCUCAUCAUGGAGGGUCUUUCUGCAUUUCUGCAUGCUCUUCGUUUGCACUGGGUUGAGUUCCAAAAUAAAUUCUACUCUGGUUCUGGUUACAAAUUUGUUCCCUUCUCCUUUGAAAGCAUACUUGAAGGAAAGUUUGAAGAGUAGAACCGAAGGUGUAUUACGUUUCAAGAUGUCUGCUUGUGGUUUGUAAAUGUAUGGUUUGUGAUGUGCAUUUAGAUCAUGUAAUUUAUGCCCUUUGUAUCCUAAUGCAAUCUUGUAGCUGACGUUGUUGUUACUUUUCUGCAUGCACUGAAACCAAAUGUUUUCCUUGUGUGAAUCAAUGCAGUUAUGAAGUGUGACUAUUGCAUUGAACUGAAUUUGUCCCACUCAAUGUUCACUUAAUGAUUUCUUGCAGUGUAAUUGUACUUUGGUAAACACAUUUAUAUAGAUAAGCUGUUCACUUUUUGUGUCUUGGAAAGGCUGGGACUAAUCUGACAGUAUUGCAGUAUUAUACCUCCUAGUAAUUCUAUACAAUGUGGGAUAAGACUUGUAACUAGCUACAGAUUUAUUUAUUUAACUUUGUGGGAAGUGAAGGGCAAGAUGUACUUCAGGGAAAAGAUAGGUGGGCAUUAGAAUACAGCAUUUGGAAUGUAUUCUUGGCCACCAAAUAUUAAAAACACUAUGAUGUGUAACUUAUGAUUCAUUGUAGGAGGCAUGACCAUCUGUGGCCACUAUCAGGGUGAAGGUUCGGUGCGUAAAGCACAACAAUGUAUGGAAAUGUAUUAAUUUGACGACAAAGUGACUUGUUGCUAAACUUCAGAGGAAGGCUUUUCUGGAACUGUGCUCAUGAUGCCCACCUUUAGCAACCAGAGUUAAUCAUCUUGCAAUGUAAAGAAAUUCUAAAAUGACUCCUAAAACACUUCAGCAACAUUGUAUCAGGAGGAGAAUUGUUCUGGUUGCUGUGCAGUUUCACUUAUUUGUUUUGGUUUUUUUUCCUCCCCUCUGAUUCAGUUGGAAAUAUUAAUCAAUUUGAACUUUGUAUCUCCAGAUUUCCAAGAAAAUAUCAAGUUGAAAUCUUCAUACUGAUUUUAUUUUUAUUAUUGCACGCAUUGGAUUCUUGAACAUGUUGAACAUAGCAUAUCCAAUUCAAGGUUCUGUAAAUGGUAUGCCUUUGAUUUCUAAAAUGAUUAACUCGGCUGCAUCUAGAAAAAAAAUGGAGCAGUUUUAUGCAUCAAUUGAAUAGAUCUCUCAUGAUUAUUGGCUUUCGUUGGUCCUUGGGUUAUUUUUGUGAAAUUGUAGCACCCAAUGUUAAAUUUCAUAUUUUUGGAAUGACCAAAUUAAUGGACUACUUUGGUUAAGAGUCAUACAGGUUUAAGACUCUUCAGAUAUAAAUCUGACAUGUCCAAUACAGCAGCUGUUUUUAAUUUAUAUUUGAAUGUUAUUUUUAGCAGAUUAAAAUAACAUUAUUUCCCUGCCAGGUCCUCUUACAGGUCUCUCGACACCGUUUUUGGUUUGAAUUCUGUAUUGUUGAUGAUCAAUCUUCUUAAUAGAUAAUUAGUUCAAUUAAAAUUUCAAGAUUUUGUAAAUGAAAUAACCCUUCUUAAACCUUAAUGGUCAGUGAAUCCAGAUUUGUCUUUCUAUUUGGAUCAUAAUUUGCAUUGUUGUCGUGACUGUUAAUUUAACUGAAUGUUAAUACAAGUUUCUCCCUGUACCUUUGUCUUUGGAUUUACUUUAUGUAAUGAAAUUGGUAUUGGGAUGAUAUAGUUGUUGAAUAUUGGAAAUUCUGUUUCAGUAAUUGUAUUGCCAUUGUAACUUGCAUGGUAUUUCUCUUUAUGUUGUGUACAAAAUUCCAUGGCCAAAUUAAAGCUAUGUGUCCUCAUUAUUUUAAUCAAAUGAUUUGCACUCAAAAUAUUUGCAUAUCUUGAAACAUUUAGACGACUAUAAUCUCUUUCACUUUCUUGCUCUGCUGCAAUAUUUGCUUUUAGAAUUAGAUGCUACUCUAGUGUCUGAUAUACUCCUUCAUACAAUGGAUCAAGAAGUCCAUUGAUUAAAACUAGUAGUGUAUGCUUAUGGGACUGCUUUGACCUGUUGCACAAUGAUCAUGUUCCAUGUCAUUAUGGUGUGGAGGAAGGGAUAGAAACAGCAUUAAAUAAUAUUGUAGUUAUGCUUGUGUAUAUAGUGCUUUUUGUCAGGAGAAGUCAACCUUUGUACUUUUCAAUAUAUUCUGUUCUGGGUGAAAAGGAAUGACUAUCUUGUUGAUUACCCUGUCCUUCAACCAACCUGGACCCCUGACACCAAACUAUCAAUGUUUCAAACAUCGUGCAAGCAUUAAAUUCCAACUUUAAAAUGUCACGUUAAUUUUGUGUAUGUACUUUCAUAAUGGCUGAGCCACAACUAAUGAAUCCUCCAGGUCUGUUGAUAUUUGUUUGCUGUUGUGAUUUCUUGUUUACAUGUUUUGACUGUUUACAGUUAGUGAAUGUGUGCCCAACUGAAGCUGAAAGUUCUUUAGUCACCUUAUUGUGAUUAUUUAGGAAUUAUUCCAAUCUGUUGAAGCUUGUGCAUAAAGUCAAUGUAUAUUUGAACAUAGAAUAAAAACAUAGUGGAAUGUAAAAA